AUGGCAAUGACGCUUCUGCUGGGUCUGCUCACUUCGCCGCCCAAAGCCAAAGCCGGAUCGGGAAAGAAGCCCGCCCCCGCUCCCGGUGGUGCCAGCAAGUCGACCAAGCAGGUCAAGAACCCGCUUUUCGAGUCGCGCCCCAAGAACUUCGGCAUCGGCACGUCUUCGCUCUUCCGAUGGCAGGACAUCCAGCACAAGACUGACCUGACCCGCUUCGUGAAGUGGCCCGAAUACGUCCGCCUCCAGCGCCAGAAGGUCAUCCUCCACCAGCGCCUGAAGGUCCCCCCUUCCAUCGCGCAGUUCUCGCACACUCUCGACAAGAACACCGCUACUCAGCUCUUCAAGCUGCUCAACAAGUACCGCCCGGAGACCAAGCAGGAGAAGAAGGCGCGCCUCGAUGCCGCUGCUAAGGACGCCGCCGAGGGCAAGGAGCCGACCAAGGACAAGAAGCCGUUAUUCGUCAAGUACGGCCUCAACCACACCGUCGCUCUCAUUGAGGCCAAGAAGGCCAACCUCGUCGUCAUCGCGCACGACGUUGACCCUAUCGAGCUCGUUGUCUUCCUACCCGCCCUGUGCCGCAAGAUGGGUGUCCCGUACGUCAUCGUCAAGGGCAAGGCCCGUCUUGGCACAGUGGUCCACAAGAAGACCGCCGCUGUUCUCACCCUCCAAGACGUCAAGUCCGAGGACCAGAAGGAGCUGAGCACGCUGGUCAGCGCUGCGAAGGCCAACUUCACCGACAAGUACGAGGAACAGCGCCGUGUCUGGGGCGGAGGUCUCCGCGGCAACAAGUCGACGCAGAAGCUUCGCAAGCGCGCUAAGGCUGCUGGCCAGAACAUCGCCGCUGCCAGCCUUGGCAAGCUCUAAAAAUGCGGACGCCAUCUCGGUAUUCGUCGAGCGCCCUAGGAGCAUGUCGGUACAGGUUCAAUGUCCUCCAGGAUGUUCUGUGGUAGAGGUGUAUGCAACAUAUGCUUAUGGUCGUACCCCAUGUUCUGCGACAUUACGCUGUCCGCCGCGAGGAGUUAACAGUGCUGGACGGUUGAAUAUAUUUGUUCGAAUAGUGUGGCGAUAUGGGCAUUAUUCGGGCUUCGCAUGCAUGCACCAGCGUUUACGUAAAUGUUUCAUGAGUAACUUAGGAGUGGAUUGGUCAC